AUGAAUUUGACUAUUCAUUUACUUAAAACAACUAUUGAUGAAGAAUCAAAUUGUGUUAAAAUUCGUUGGCGUAUAUCAGGUCUAACAAAUAAAUCUUUUGUUGGUAUUCUUAAAGGUUGGAAACAACCAAAAGAUGUAGCUGGAAAUAUACGUGAUUAUGUUGAAUAUAUUGAUGGUCUUUCAACAUUUUAUGUACGUGGCGAUGGUCGGAUAUAUAAUCAUCGUGUUGAUCGAGUAACAAUCCCUGAAAACGAUGAAUCUGCUAAAAAGUUAUUAAAUAAAAAGAAUUAA